GCAAAGUGGCCCCAAAUUCCCGUUUAUAAAUUCAACCUCUUCCGGCCACCAUUUUCGUCCACCACCUCUCUCGAUCGUUUCAUCAGUUCUUCUUCUCGUAUGCAUGCACGGUGUGGCUCGAUAUGGCCACCGAUCCCGAUCCCGAUCGUGCCUUGCUCUUCCUCAUCCUCCAAUUCCUCGACCACCAAAAUCUCUCUGAGACUGCUCGCUCAUUGGAAUGUGAAACGGGAUUGUUCUUCAACAUGACUUAUUUUGAGGAGCUGUUGAACUGUUGUGCUUAUAACGAGGCUGAAAGCUACCUUUGUGGAUUCACUGAUAUUCACGAUAAUAUUUAUUCCACAAAGAUCUACUUUGGGAUUAGAAAGCUCAAAUUCCUUGAAGCACUAACAGAUGGAGAGCGAGAGGUUGCUCGUGAAGUGGUUGAAAAGGACAUAGAAAUCUUCGAUCAAUAUAAUCCAGGGUUGGUCCAGCAAGCUUUUGAGCUUCUCCAAAUGGACAACUUUAUGCAAGUUUUCAAAUUCCUUAUGAUUUUCCUCUCCUUAAUGUUAAAAUUACGGAUUUUGGUUCACACCACGUCGUCUCACAUGUUGCUUUCAAGUUACAGAAACAUGAAAGAAGCAAGGAAAGUUGUGAUGGAAAAUAUCAAGAAAUGCAUUGAAGCUAAUCCUCUUCUUGAAGGGAAGCUUUCAUUUCCGCCGCUUUCGACGACGCUGCAAGCCUUCUACACGGAGGCUAUGGCUUCCCGGAGCAGGCCACCGGCGACUUGCAGGCGAGAUUUCAAAGAUUGA